AUGGACGACACAGAACUAUACCGAAACGCAGGGAGGAAGGCUUCGAGCCUUCUGGAUACGUUUGGCAUACCUUCCACAGCCUUCAAGACCGGUCUUCAAUUUGACCGAGGGGGUAAGCGUGACCUGAAACAACCUGAAGAUGUCACCAAUCAGCAUUUGUUACUUUACAAUGGCAUCAUCGACUAUGUUCCUGGGCUCAAGAGCGAGCUCGACCACAUAUCAAGCAAAAAACUCAACAUGAUCAUUGCAAUGGUAUCAAAGGGUAUGAGCGAUGGCAGAUCCGCAGAUCUGAGCUCUGUCAAGCACAAGGGCCUGCAAUACAUUGGGCUAAAUAUGUAUAGUAAGGCCGAUGUUCUUGACCCACCAGUUCCAGAAAUCGAGAAUAAGUUGAUUGCUAUGGCUGCCUUGCAAGCUGGCGAAAUCACCAUGACGGCACACAACUGGCCAACAUUCUUUUAUGAACAUGACGUUUACGACGCUGCUGAGAAGACACAUGGCCUGUUUCGAAACCACAUUGUUCUGAGGUUUUAUAAACAUUUUUUUAUUGGACCAUCAUCCAUCAUGAACGACUCAUCAAAUGUUCGCAACUCUGCAAAGCCAUCCAAAAAUUGUGCAUGGGGACUGACAGCCGUUAACAAAUACAUCAUUGCAUAUGUUCACAUUAUCCUCCUCUGGGCCAUCAUUGAAAUGCUAGACGACGAUGACGAUCCAUGGGUCAAAGACACCCUCACGUGGUGGAACAGGCAUGUCAAACCAACUAAGGACAACUCGCACUCGGCCAAGCUCAUGCGAAAGGAAAGUGAGGACAACAUUGCACAAAUUUGUGCUCAGCGAGCUGCACGCCAUUCUGCAUUAGGUACAUCAGAUGUGCUGUCACGUCCGGUCAACCCUAAUGGGUAUCGAGAGCCCUCAACCAGUAAGCAAGCACGCCCUGUGGAGUACGAUGACGAAGACGAUAUAGUAGCACAUGCACCCAAACGGCUUCGGCGAGCAGGUGACAACCUUGCCAGUGACUCACCAUCUCACCCAAAUUCCAAUGCUAAGCAGCACCACACCUCAGUUUAUGAUGAUGAUGAGGUUGCGGCACCACGAACACAGUCAACCCACCCUCGGUUGGAGAGGUGA